UCAAAAUGUGAGGUACAUGUAAAAAAUGGAAGUGUGUAUGAAGGGGUUUUUAAAACCUACAGCCCUAAGUGUGACUUAGUUCUUGAUGCAGCUCACAAAAAAAAUAAAGACUCUGUUGGUGGGCCAAAGCGUGAAGACAUCGUGGAUAGUAUAUUAUUCAAGUCUUCCGAUUUUGUGAUGGUGCAGUUUAAAGACAUGGAUGUGAAUUAUGCAAGAAGAGAUGGCUUCACUGAUUCGGGUAUAGCUUCUAAAGUUAAUGGUGAACAUAAAGAGAGAGAUCUGGAGCCAUGGGAUGGGGGUGAUGUCCUCCUUAGUAGCAAUGCAUCUACUAAUAAUGAUGAGCUGGAAUCUUUAGAUACAGAUGUAUCUAAUGGUUGGGAUCCGAAUGAAAUGUUUCGGUAUAAUGAAGAAAAUUAUGGUGUAGUAUCCACCUAUGACAGCAGUCUGUCCUCAUAUACAGUUCCUUUAGAAAGGGACAAUUCUGAAGAGUUUUUAAAGAGGGAAGCACGAGCAGCUCAAAUAGCUGAAGAGAUUGAGUCAAGCUCUCAAUAUAAAGCCCGUGUUGCCUUGGAAAAUGAUGACAGAUCUGAAGAGGAAAAAUACACUGCUGUUCAGCGCAACAUGUGCGACAGAGAUGGACAUUCUGUGACUCCUAGGGAAAACAAAUAUGUACCUCCAGGGCAGAGAAGUAAAGAUGGCAUGUCAUGGAGUAGCCAUGGUGUAAGGCAAAAUUCACCAAGAAUGGGUCAAUCUGGAUCUGGACCUAUACCAUCAAGAACUGGAUCACAUUCUUCAGAAUACAGUCCCAGUUCUGGAACUGACCAAAGAGUUGUUAACGGAGGUGUUCCCUGGCCAUCGCCUUGUCCAUCUCCUUCCUCCCGCCCACCUUCUCGCUACCAGUCAGGUCCCAACUCUCUUCCACCUCGGGCAGCCACCCCUACAAGGCCGCCCUCCAGGCCCCCUUCGCGGCCAUCAAGGCCACCGUCUCACCCCUCUGCUCAUGGUUCUCCAGCUCCUGUCUCUACUAUGCCUAAACGCAUGUCUUCAGAAGGACCUCCAAGGAUGUCACCCAAGGCACAGCGGCAUCCUCGACCUCACAGAGUUUCUAAUGGUAGGAGCACAAUGUGCGGGGGCCUUGAGUUUGUUUCACGUAAUGAACCUGGAGAAGUGUCUGCUCCACCUGUAGCUCGAAACAACUCCUCGGGCAGCUCGUGGUCAUCUGUUGUGAGCGGAGUGCAGAGACUUUCUCCAAAAGACUCACCGACCCCGAUCUCCAAGACAAAGUGCCAUGAGUAGUGGUUCUACAGCUCCACCUCUAAACUCUCCUCAGGCUGGUUCUAUGGCGCCUGAAUCUGUAACUGUGCCUAUACCCACUGGAUCACCAACACCUGCAAGCCCAGCUUCAAAUAGAGCAGUUACCCCAUCUUGUGAAGCAAAGGACUCAAGGUUACAAGACCAGAGGCAAAAUUCACCAGCUGGGGGUAGAGAGGCCAUCAAGCAAAGUGACUCCUCUAGUUUUAGCAAACCCGAGAACAAAGUAAUGCCUCCAAUGGCUUCAGAACAAAGGAAGCAACUGGAUGAUUUAAAGAAGUUUAAAAAUGACUUUAGGCUUCAGUCUAGUUCAAGCCCCGAUGCUAUUGAUCACAUUCUCGGAAAAAAUCGUGAUGGUGUGGAGAAGCCUAGAGAACUUCUUAAGGAAAAGCCAGAUUCAAGUUCCAAGGAGUCAGCUAGUGAAAGCGGCAGCAAUGCACCUACAAGUAACAGCAGCAGCAAGCCA